AUAGAGAGAAAGAGAGAGCCCAUACCGGCACCGGCAAAGCAAUGAUCAUAGAAGACAUAAAGACUACUGCAUUGAAUCUCUGAUUCCCAUUUUUAAGUUUUCUUUUGAUAGAGAAAAUCUUCAGUGGACCGGAAUUUAGGGAUACAAACAAUAAAUUCUUGUAUAUGGGUGUGUGAGUGUUGUUUGAACUUUGAAGAAUUUGUUGGAAAAUUGAAGUGGAAGUGUUAUCCAUGAGUAAUUCUGAGUAAUGGGUGUUGGAUAAAUUUUGAAAUGGGGGUUUCCCAGAACGAUUCUUGUAGAAUGGAAGGGUGGUUAUAUCUUAUUCGGUCUAAUCGGUUUGGGCUUCAGUACUCGAGGAAACGCUACUUUGUUCUUCACGAUCUUCUUCUCAAGAGCUAUAAAUCAAACCCAGUUACAAACAAUGAGGAUCCUGUUAGAAGUGCUGUUAUUGAUUCCUGCAUUAGGGUGACAGACAAUGGGAGAGAGAGCAUUCAAAGAAAAGUUGUGUUCAUAUUCACUCUAUACAAUGCCUCAAAUCAUAAUGAUCAGUUGAAGUUAGGAGCAAACAGUCCCGAGGAAGCAGCAAGAUGGAUCCAGGCCCUGCAGGAAGCAGCUUUAAAGGCAGACAUGAAUAAAAGAACUUCUGUUUGUCCAAGGCGUGAAUCACAGUCUUUGAGGUUUAAUUGUUCCAACAAAUCUCAUCGUCUGAAAUCCAUUGAUUGGACUUUCUCUCCAUCCUCAGUGGCAGAUGCUACGACAUCUGAUGUUGUUGCACCCUCGUCCUGGACAAUAUUUGGUUGUCAGAAUGGUCUUCGGCUAUUUAAGGAAGCUAAGGAUAGGGAAUCUCAUGGGAAGUGGGAUGAUCACCCUGCAAUAAUGGCUGUUGGUGUAGUUGAUGGAACUUCAGAGGCCAUUUUUCAAACACUCAUGUCACUUGGUCCUUCAAGAUCGGAAUGGGAUUUCUGUCACUACAAGGGUAGUGUCAUUGAACACCUUGAUGGUCACACAGAUAUUGUUCAUAAGCUUCUACGUCGGGAUUGGCUACCUUGGAGUAUGAAAAAAAGAGAUCUUCUUUUGCGGCGCUAUUGGAGAAGGGAGGAUGACGGAACAUAUGUUAUUCUAUACCAUUCUGUGCUUCAUCAGAAGUGUCCAUGUCAGAAGGGCUAUGUUCGUGCCUUCCUUAAAAGUGGAGGAUAUGUAAUAUCACCUGUGAAUCAAAAGAGGCAGUCAGUAGUCAAGCAUAUGCUUGCUAUUGAUUGGAGAUUCUGGAAGUCUAAGUUACAAACAUCUUCAGCCAGAUAUAUAACAAGCCACAUGCUAGGGAGACUCGCUGCUUUGAGAGAGCUUUUUAUAGCAAAAUUAGGAGAUUGCUCGUCCUCAUAUUUUUUGGAGGAGCAUGUGAGAGACAAAAGAGUGCACCAAAUUGAAGAAGUUAAGGUUCAAAAACAAACCAGUGGGGAAAAUGGAAAGAAUAUGGAAGAUAUGGAAGAAGUCGCUAAAUCACCUUCUGAACAUGCAAGUUUGAUGGGGUUAAAUGAUGCAUCGGAUGAGUUUUUUGAUGUCUCUGAACCACUUGAUUAUGACCAAUCGGAAAAUGGCUGGCCUUCUGAUUUUGGCCCGGAGAUGUACUCUCAGGACGCACGGCAUGCCAGAUUAUCAUCUGCUGCUGGUUUUGUGAAAAAGUUGCAUGAUCUUGCUGUUCACAAGCGGGGUUAUGUAGAUCUGCAUGAAAAGGCAAAGGAAGAUGCAUUGUUGUGCCAGUAUGGGUCCACUCUUCCAAAAGAUCCAACUUGUAAUUUGCCUUGCAGUUGGGCCCAAACAGAUCCGUCAACUUUUCUUAUUCGGGGAGAGACUUAUCUAGAAGAUCGUAAGAAGAUAAAGGCAAAAGGUACGUUGAUGCAAAUGGUUGCUGCAGAUUGGCUGAAGUCUGAUAAGCGAGAAGAUGAUCUUGGUGGUCGCCCUGGGGGCAUUGUUCAGAAAUAUGCAGCUAAGGGUGGUCCAGAAUUUUUCUUCAUUGUGAAUAUACAGGUACCAGGUUCAACAACAUACACUCUUGCUCUCUAUUAUAUGAUGGACACUCCCAUAGAAAAUGCACCCUUACUGGAGAGUUUUGUCAAAGGGGAUGAUGCUUAUAGAAACUCGAGGUUCAAGCUCAUACCAUAUAUAUCCAAGGGACCAUGGAUAGUCAAGCAGAGUGUUGGAAAGAAAGCAUGCCUUGUAGGUCUAGCGCUUGAAAUUAAUUAUUUUCGGGGAAAGAACUACUUGGAGCUUGAUAUCAAUGUUGGUUCUUCUACUGUGGCAAGGGGCGUUGUAAGCCUUGUUGUUGGAUAUCUGAACAAUCUUGUCAUUGAGAUGGCGUUUCUUGUCCAGGGGAACACCCCGGAUGAACUUCCCGAAUAUCUUCUUGGAACCUGUCGUCUUAACCAUCUGGACAUCUCUAAAGCUGUUCAAGUGAAACCAUGAUCUUGUAUAUAUAGAAGUGCAAAAUCUUUACGAAGUGACUAUUCUUUGAUUUAAUCAAAUGUCAUGCCAGCAGUCUGCUGUAUUGGUCUCAGCUGUAUAAUUUGCACAAUAUUUCUGUUUCUAACUUUCAGUAAACUCCAUUGUGAGAAUAUGUUUUUUUCCAGUUUUACAUCUGAUAGUAGUUUAAUAUUCUGAAUUCUUAGUGUUCUACCCUUUAUUGUUAAUGUUAGUUAAUCUUCUGUUG